AUGGGCACGUAUUCAAGUCUCGCUUCUUCGCUGCUGUUCAUAACCACCGCGCUGGCUUCGCCGGCGACAAAUUCUGGAACUUUCAAGGUGCUUCAGCAGCCAAACCUGAACUUCACCAAGAAUGCUGCAGCUAUUCAUUUCUCUGAUUUAGCAAAAUACAAUGUCACUCACAACUCAACCUACGCAGCUGCCAUUGCAGCAGAGAAGCAGUCCGGAAGCACGCCCGCAAUUCCUCUGAUUUGGGAAAGCGAAUAUGUGUGUCCGGUCGUAAUUGGAGGGCAAACUGUUUAUCUCGACUUUGACACAGGUUCAUCCGAUCUCUGGGUUCUCUCAACCUUGACAAACGUUGAGGGCAUUGGUCACAAGAUAUAUGACCCGAAGUUGAGCCCUUCUUCAAAGCUAAUGCCUGGAGCGACAUGGGACAUAACGUAUGCCGAUGGUAGUGGAUCCGGUGGAGUUGUUUUCAAAGACCAUGUUGCAAUUGGAAGCAGCGUUGCUGUAGAACAGGCCGUGGAGGUGGCUCUAUUUGUUUCGCCACAGUUUGCCACCAAUCCUUUCGAUAGCGGUUUGCUAGGUUUGGCUUUUAGUACUAUAAAUACAGUGUCACCGAUCCACCAGUUGACUUUCUUUGAGAAUAUCCUACCAACCCUCAAAGAACCGUUGUUCACCGCGGACCUUCAGCAUGGGCGUCCAGGAGCCUAUAAUUUUGGCUUCAUUGACCCCACCGCAUUCAAGGGGCCCAUUGCAUGGACCCCCGUCACAAAGCCGCAGGGCUAUUAUGCUUACUGGCAGCUCGAUGUUACUGGGUUUCAAGUCGGGCCUGAACCGUACCACGAAAGGAUUAUCAGUGGAAUUGCGGACACUGGAACUAGCCUUCUGUAUCUUCCCCCUGUUGUUGUCCUUGAGUAUUACUCCAAGGUAGUGGGUGCAUUCUUCGAUCCAAGCAAUGCUGCAUGGGUGUUCCCUUGCACUUCCCUUUUGCCAGACUUUAUCUUCGGCAUCGGGGCCUACCGCGGAGUUGUCCCAGGCAGCUACAUACUUUUUGAGCCCCUAGGUAACAACCUGUGUUACGGAGGUAUCCAGGUUAACACCGGCCUCCCUUUCUCCAUUUUCGGAGAUAUCCUGCUCAAAGCACAGUUUGUCAUCUUCGAUCACUCCGGUCCGCGCCUGGGAUUUGCAAAUAAGCUGUGA